AUGAAUACUCCAAUGAUGGGAAUGAAGCCUUCAAAGCGUCCACAAAGUCUACAAACUCAAAUCCCGUCACCAUCAAAUCAGAUGCAAUCUUCAUUAAAUGUUAAGCCUCCGAGUCCGAUGACUUCUAAACCAUCGCAAUCACCAACGCCUGAACAAAUGAUAACCACUAAAUCAAAACCAACUAGUCCUAUGACAAUGACGACAAUUAAACCUAAACCAAUGUCUACUACAAGUACAGCCAAACCAACUUCUACUGGACAAACGGAAGCUAAACCUUCUUCUUCAACUGGGCAACCUCCUAAUGGACAAAUGAAUUCUGCGAAACCUACUAAUGGUCCAAUUAGUGCUACAAAACCUGGAACAACUUCGAAUAAUAAUACGGAUAUCACAAAACCUUCUGAACCAACUACGACUCAUCAAACUAGUCUAAUGAAGGCUCCUAAAUCAACUUCAAGUACUAAAAUAUACUCUACAAAAUCUCCUAAGUAA